CCCUUCUACGUGACUACCGAAAGAACCAAGAAGAUGAAUCCCUGCAGUCACGAAAUCUUUAAAUCGAAAAUUAACAAUAUUACCAACAUUGUCACAGUUCGUUUUUUCAGCAACAGCAGCAUCAGCAACAUCAGCAACAGCAGCAGCAGCAACAGCAUCAGCAGCGGGGACGGGGUGAACGAUGUCAAAAGAGGAUUAUGAGGCGAUCCCCGUCCGCGUGGCCGUGCGCUGCCGCCCCAUGGCGCCGUGGGAGCUGCGGGAUGGCUGCGUUCCCUGCGUCACCGUCGUACCCGGCGAGCCGCAGAUUGUGCUGAGCGGGGAGAAGGCCUUCACGUUCGACUUCGUGUUCGACCCGGCAGCCGAGCAGGAGGAGGUGUUUAGUAACGCCGUGGCCCCUCUCAUCGAUGGCAUUUUCAAAGGCUACAACGCCACGGUGCUGGCGUACGGACAGACGGGUUCUGGCAAGACGUUCACGAUGGGCGGCGCGUACAGCGGCGACGCCGAUCCAAACUCCACCGGGAUCAUCCCGCGGGCCGUGCACGCUCUGUUCCGUGGGGUGCAGUCACGUGACGCCUAUGAGUUCGCCAUCUCCGUGUCAUACCUGGAGAUUUACCGGGACGAAAUCAUCGACUUGCUGUACGUGGGCAAAGAGCGACCCUUGCUGUCCGUGAGGGAAGACCCCAAGGAGGGCAUCAAGAUCUGCGGCCUGACUGAGCGCGUGGUGGCGUCUGCGGAGGACAUAAUCUGCUGCCUGCAGCAGGGAAACCUGUCACGCACCGUGGGAGCCACCGCCAUGAACGCACAGUCCUCCCGCUCACACGCCAUCUUCACUAUCACCAUCGAGCAGCGCGGCAGGGAGGACAGAGAGAGUCACUGCCGCAGCAAGCUCCACCUGGUGGACCUUGCCGGCUCCCAGCGUGCCAAGCGCACCAAGGCGGAGGGUGACCGCCUGCGUGAGGGCAUCAACAUCAACCGCGGCCUGCUGGCGCUUGGCAAUGUGAUCAGCGCGCUCGGGGAGGAGGGAGUGGCACGGCGGGCUCACCACGUGCCCUACCGUGACUCAGGGCUCACGCGGCUGCUGCAAGAUUCUCUGGGAAGUAACAGCCUGACCCUCAUGGUGGCCUGCAUCAGCCCGGGCGACUCCAACCUGGAAGAAACCCUCAACACUCUGCGCUACGCUGACCGUGCGCGCAAGAUCAAGAACAAGCCGAUCGUGAACCGUGACCCCAACACGGUCGAACUGCAGAUGCUCCGGCAACAGGUUCAACAGCUGCAGGUGCAGCUGCUGCAGGCUCGGGGUGGAGGUAUCGUCACGAUGCAGGGCGGUGGUGAGGGACAGGCCGCCAGCGUGCAGUCGGUGCUGGAGCGAAACCGGAGUCUGCACGAGGCCAACGCCCAGCUGAGCAGGGAGCUGCAGGUCGCUGUGGAUCACACGGCGCACCUGCGUGAGAAGCUCAUCCUGUCGGAGAUGGAGCGCCAGAAGCUGCUGGCGCGCUUCGCCGAGCUGAAGGAUCAUGAAGCGUGCCGGCUUGACAUCAUGUCCCUAGUGGACACGCAGACUGAUGAGGGGGGGCUCAGGCAGCAGCUGCAGCUACUGCUGAGUUUUCAGGAACUCGUCAAUGAGCUGGAGCAACGGCAACAACGACAACAACGACAACAUUUACGAAAGCAGCACUGCCAGCGAACGCCCAACGACACAGCGCAAAGGUACUCUGCCACCACCAUCAUGGCGCAGCGCCAGCGCGCGGAAGAGGAGGACGCGAGGAUGCUGAGCCUCACGCGGAGGAACGGCCUCGUGGCUUUCCCUCCACCUGAGGUGACAGCCGAUGCUGUCGCCGGCGCGGUGGCCGCGUGCGUCGGCUCCGCCGGCGUCUUGGCCGUCCAGCGCCAAAACCGCGGCGUCACCGUGUUCGUGGCGGAGGAGGAGAUGGUGGCGCGAGUCGUGGAGAAGGGGCUCACGGUGGGGGAGCUGUUUGUGCAGUGCGCCCCGCUCGCCUCGCCCGCGGUCCGCGUGCUGCUCUCCGGCACGCCGCCGUACCUCUCCAACGCCGAGCUGCGCGUCGACCUGCAGCGCUUCGGCACGGCCGUGUCGAGCAUCACAACACUGCCCAUGAGAACGAGCAACGCAGCACUCACCCAUGUCAAGGCACUACAGCGCCAAGUUUUUAUGGUCCUGAAGAAUGGGGCCGAAGAACUUGACGUUACACUCAAAUACACCAUAAACAAAAGCACUUACACGGUGUAUGCCUCUUCGGUUGGGCUCCGAUGCUACGGGUGUGGCAAACCGGGCCACGCCCGUAGAAACUGCCCGAGCAAGGUGAGCGGGUUGGUCGCGCCACCUGCCGCGGCGAUGCCGGGACAAUGGGUCCGACCGGAGGAGCAGCAACAGCCGCGGCAACAACACCAAGGGCAGCAGCAGCAGCAACAACAAAAGCAGCAGCAGCAGCAGCCGCAGCAGCAGCAACAAAAACAGCAGCAGCAGCCGCAGCAGCAGCAGCAGCCGCAGCAACAGGAGCAGCAGCAGCAGCAGCAGCAACAAAAACAGCAGCAGCAGCCGCAGCAGCAGCAACAGCAGCAGCCGCAGCAGCAGCAGCAGCCGCAGCAACAGGAGCAGCAGGAGCAGCAGCAGCAGCAGCCGCAGCAGCAGCAGCAGCCGCAGCGGCGGCAGCCGACGCAGCAGCAGCAACAGCAGCGGCAGCAGCAGCAACAGCAGCCGCAGCAGGACGAGUGCCAGGACCGGCGGGAGCGGCAGGUUACCAGCCACGACCCGCCGGGAGCGCAACCAGCCAACGACGCGCAGGCGCGGGGGGACGACUCCGCCGGCUUCGUAGUGGUCGAGGGGAGUCGUAAGAAGCAGAGGGCCAAGAGGAAGGCGAAGAACGGGCACGUGGAGGUGGAGGGCGAAGGCGCCCCCCCGAAGCGCACGGCCGGCAUCGAGAGAGACGCGGCGAGACCGCCCGUCGAUGCUGAGAACGAGGCCGACGGAGGUGCGCUGCAGCCGGCGACGACGGCGGCCGAGGGAGCGCCCGUCGAGCCGGGUGACGAAAGUCGCCCCGGUCCGAGCGGCGUCCUGGACCCACGGUGGUGGGCAGGCGGCGACGACGACGGCGUAGACGACGACGCCUACACCGUGCAUGAGGGCGACGGGGGCAGCGUCUGCGGAAGCGAGUGGAGCUGCAGCCCGGUAGAACCGGACAGAAAGAUGCCCGCGCAGGCCAUCCUGGCCUUUUUUAGGGAAAAUUAUGGCAAGAGGGUGGUGCCCCAUAAGGUCUUCCCGGACGCGGACGCGUUCCUCUCCACGGCGCAGGAGAUCUGCCGGCGGCCGGCAGAGUACGGCUGCACCCCGAGGGAGCGCUACCGCAUCAAGGGUAUGAUGACGAGGCUGCGGGGCAAGGAGAAGGUGGCCUCAAAAGUGGCCUCGAGGGUGCCGGCGUGCGUGGACCUCCCCUGA